UAAAAAAAUACUAAAAAUAGGUUAAAAUUAUCAGUGAACCUUAGCGGUUCUCGGGGUAUUUACUUGCCCCUUCUCCUUCUUCCCAGCCUUCUGUAUAAACCACAGCGACAUGGGCGAUCUUCGUUCCUCAGUGCUUCACUACCAUGCCUCGGUCCUUCCCUUUCCUGGAGAGCAGCAAGAUCUCAACUUCCAUCUGUUUCCGUUGACGAGAUGAGUGAGAACGGCGCCGCCAUGUGCUGCCAGCAGACUGCUUUCGCUCCCCAGAGCAUCUCACUCGAGCUUGGGGAUGGGCACCAGGCCGUCGAUGGUGGAAGCGAGUGCUACGACGACGACGACGACGACGACGACGGCCGGACCAAGCGGACUGUGACCUUGUGGAUGGCGAGCGCACACAUCGUGACAGUGGUCGGCUCCGGCGUACUUUCGUUGGCCUGGGCGAUCGAGAAACUCUUCUGGGCCGGCGAUCCCAUGACCGGGAAGCACAGCUACAACUACAUGAACGCCAUCAGAUGCGGUGGUAAAAGUGUAAGAAGAAGAAUAGGGAGAGAGGAAGGA